CUAUGAAAGUAGUUCGUCGUUUGUCGAAAUGUGUGUUGCCACAUCCCUCAGUCGAUUUCCUGCUUCUCGCCUUGUCUCGUCGACUUCCGGCGCCUUCGCGGAAAUAGCUUGAUCAAAGAGCGGCUACUUCCGCCUUGUAGCUGCGUUUCCUGACACAUCAAAAUGACGGCCACCUUGCGGCCAUACUUGAACGCGGUGCGAGCCACCCUGCAGGCCGCCUUGUGCCUAGAGAACUUCUCCUCCCAGGUGGUCGAGAGACACAACAAGCCCGAGGUGGAAGUACGGAGUAGCAAAGAACUUCUCCUCCAGCCCGUCGUCAUCAGCCGCAACGACAAGGAGAAAGUCCUCAUUGAGGGCUCCAUCAACUCGGUCAGAGUCAGCAUCGCCGUCAAGCAGGCCGACGAGAUUGAGAAGAUCCUGUGUCACAAAUUCAUGCGCUUCAUGAUGAUGAGGGCGGAGAACUUCUUCAUCCUCAGGAGGAAACCGGUGGAGGGUUACGACAUCAGCUUCCUGAUCACCAACUUCCACACGGAGCAGAUGUACAAGCACAAGCUGGUGGACUUCGUCAUUCACUUCAUGGAGGAGAUCGACAAGGAGAUCAGCGAAAUGAAACUGUCCGUCAACGCCAGAGCACGCAUCGUCGCUGAGGAGUUCCUCAAAAAUUUCUGAGACAAAAAGAAAGCAUUCCCACAAGUGUUGGUCUGAGAGAAGAAAGACAUCAGCUAAGAGAUGACAAAUAUAAAUAAUGUACAAAUGUGCGUACAUUUCCAAUCCAUGUAGACGAGCACAGACUGGCUUUGUCCCCCCCACCCCCCCCCCCCCCGAUGAUUGAAAGUGUUUGUUUUUUAAUAUAUAUUUUAUUGUGCUAUGCUUUUUGUUAUGACCACGAAGCAAUCAAUUGGUGCAUGAUAUGUUUUAUUACAGAGUCCAACCUAUUGUAGAUUGAAAUCAUCCAAAAUAAUUAAAUAUACUCACCGGUAGGGAAGAUUAGAAA